AUGCCCGCACUGGAUACCAUCACAGUCAGAGGUUUCAAGAGCAUCAAGGCCAUUGAGCAGCUGAAGCUUAAUCCCAUCAACGUGCUUAGCGGGGCCAACGGCUCGGGCAAGUCAAACUUCAUAGAACUGUUUUCUAUGGUGCGUGAAGUGGUUAGCGACCGGCUGCGAGAUUUCAUUGUCAGGGCUGGCGGGGCAGAUAGAAUUCUCCAUUUGGGAUCACGCACAACGGGACAGAUAGAUAUCGUCAUCAAUCUGAAUGAUGGCAAUUGGUACGAGUUGACGUUGGCACCUAUCGCUGGCGAUUCGUUGCGCUUGAUUCAUCAGUCUGCCACUUAUUGGCAGCCACCGUUAUUGUUGGACCCAGUGGUUUGA